AAGGGUCCCAUAUCGCGUGCCACGACUCGCACGACUGGGUGGCAGCUGACCUUCAUUGAUCUGCCAUGGCGCAAGAUGAUGCAGCCGAACGGCAUCAGGCGGAAGCCGCGCGCCUGCGAGCGGAGAUUGAAGAACUGGUCCAGCGGGCCCGGCUGCUGCUGCGUGGAGAGUCCUCCAGACCGCCGGCUCCAAGGGCGCCUCAUCCUCGCCGCGCGGAGCGCGACCGCGAGCUGGAGGAUGCGCUGGAGAAGGCAGACUGGUUCCGACGCGAGAUCCGACGCAUGCGACAGGAGCUGGAAUCUAGGGACCAUUAUCCUUCCUCAAAUCCUUGGGAUUCGAGGGACAAAGAUCCCAUGGAGCUCUACAACCUCCUGGCCGAGAAACGAAAAGAGCUGCAGCAGCUGCAACGUGUCACUGAAGGUCUCGAACACGCAGCUGAGGUGCAACGAAAGGCGGAGAGCGAACAGAGCUUCGUUCGCCCAGAGAUUGAGGAGCGCCUGCAGAAAGCGAAACUGGAGGUGGAGCAGCAAAAGAGGCUGAAUGUGAAGCUUCAAGCAGACAGGCUAAAGCUUUCGAACCAGCGCAAGGCCGUGGAAGAAGAUCUGCGGAAAGUGGGCAGCGAACUUCGGAGCAAGGGUGCGUUGCUUCACCGAAAAGGCAUUGCAGGUGAGAAAGGCGACAAAUCUGUCCUGGAACAGUUGCGUCGGGAGGUGGACAUUUUGCGGGGAGCUCUUCGGCAAGACGAGCGAAAGCACCGGGCUAUGCUCAAAGAGGAUGGCCAAGAGGUGGAUUUUGCCGCGGCCCAUGUACAAAGUCUUGAGAAGGCCAUCGAGGAGCGAGAGGCGCAGAUCUCGAAACUCCGCUCAGCCCUGGGCGUUGCGCCGCCAACGUGACACGCAAGUACAAGGCGAUGCAGGCGCACAGCCGCUGGGAACUCACGAAGGCAUGAAGAUCAUGCGGGACAAUUCCUCCAUUUGAAUGCGGACACCUGAUAGAGAAAAUGGUUUGAACUUGUCAC